GCCAUCUGUUCAUUUCAAAUGGAUCCAGACUUGCAGGAGGCUUUCAAUGAUGUUCAGAGCUCCGUCUACAGAACAGCCCUAAAACUACGCUCAGUACAAAGUCUGUGCCAGUUGGAUUUGAUUGAUGUUUCUCUGAUUCAGCACAUCCUAUCAAGUGAACAGAGCCAGAGGGAAAAGCAGAUUUCUCUGAAAGUGCAGCAGAUCUCUGCAAUGCUGACGGAACUGUUCCAAAGGGCAAGAUUAGAAAAACCAGGCUGGGUAGAUCCAAGAGCUGCUGAAUUCACAUUGAGCCUGCUAGCUGCCAUGUAUGACAGAUCUGGAACAGGUUAUAUCAAAACUAGAUCUGCUGCAGCUGCCCUAAUUGCCCUUUCAGGAGACACUCUACUGGCUAAAUACAGAGCUUUCUUCCAGUUUUAUGCUGUCUCUGAUGGGAAGGUGGCCUUGAUUACCCGUAGUGCCCUGAGAAGCCUACUAACAGACUUAAAUCAGAUCCCAGCCAUUGUGGGAGAAAGCUGCACUCUUGCUUGUGUGGAAAUUGCAACUCACAGCUGUUUCCAUGGGGUUCUGAAUUCAGCAAUUGUUGAAGAAAAAUUCCUGUCCUGGCUGAGAUCAGAGCCCGCUGUUCUCCUGUGGCUCCCUACGUGUUACAGAUUAUCAGCCACAGAAAUGGUUUCUCACCAAGCUAGAUGUAGAGUCUGCAAAAUUUUCCCUAUUAUAGGCCUCAGGUAUCGCUGUCUGAAGUGCCUCAAUUUUGACCUUUGCCAAAUCUGCUUUUUCACUGGCCGUCUCAGCAAACCACAUAAGAGGUCACAUCCUGUUGUGGAACACUGUGUGCAGAUGUCAGCAAAGGUGAAUGCAAAGCACUUUCUCCGCACUAUCAGGAACAACCUGUUUCAAGAGCGCUACAGAAGAAAGGAGGCUCAGAGGAGGGCUCUGGAGAUAGUGGAGGAGAGGCACUUCCCUACUUAUAAGAAGACUUUUCCCCCUGCAGAACUCAGUGCUUCACUACUACCUGGCCCUGAAAACCUGUCUUUCCCAGUGGACAGACCUAUCCUGGAGUCAUCCAAGUUCACAUCUGCAAACAGAACUGUAAUGCAGAAGAGUGAGAACAACAGCAAGAUGCCAGAGCAAGGCAGGACAGAAGCUCAGGCAAUAGACUUUUUUGAAGCAGAUGUGUUAAAAAUGCACGAAUCCAUCAAAAGCAUUCACAAUGAGAGCAGGUACAUGAAGAAGCAGUUCAAAAAAUGGAAGGACAAAAUGCAAUUUCUUCAUAACUGCCAGGAAGAAAAAAGCUGCAAAAUAGAGGCAAGGCUCCAAAGCUUGAGAGCAAGCCAUGAACACCUGCAAAUGAAGCUGCAGCAAAUGAAGCAAGAAGUAAAGACAAUGUUACAGUCAUCAGAGCAUCCUUUUGCACAGUGUCAGAAUAUGAUGCCAAGAAGUCCACAUGUCCUGCUGGAAAGGAGAAUGCAGGGUGGAUUAAAUCCUGCCCAAAUAAGGCCUACUUCCAGAACAUGUGCAGACUGGAAAUCUUUGAAUCCCCCCAACUCUGCAAAUAGAAGGCAGCUUUUACAGACACGUGAGGUUCCCGCUGCAGUAGGCUUUAUGUUCUCAGAAGACCCACUGGAGUCAGCGUCCCUGCAGCGUGACAGACCUGUCACAAAAGAGAAUCAAACAUAUCUCUCUGAAUUGACAGAAAACUCCCUCAGGGGCAUCAUGAGGAAUACAGUUCUUACUCCCACUGCAGUGCAGAUACCACCUGAUGAGAAGGAAAUCAGUGAGGAAGUGGAACUGCAGCAGCUAGUGAUGAAACUGAAGGAUGCAUUGUCUCUCCAAGCCCAACCAGCUCAACAGUCUGCUUUGCAGCAAGAGUUCUUCUCUACAGCUGAACAUGUUUGCAGAUCUUUUUCUGACCUCAUCAACCAAUUAACUGCACCAGCUUGUAAAUGA